CCAGCUUCCUUAUGAAGCAACACUUACUGUAAGAGAGUGAGAUGAGCUGACUCAACAGGUGCUCAGCAGGUAAGAACAUCGAGGUUUAGAACGAGUGCAUUUGGUGUUCACAAUGCAUAAGAGCCAGAAGAGCAACACAGGGGCAAAUGCGGUGUUCUACAAACCGGUUGCAGUCACGACGGAAAUAAGAUCUGGAUACCUGUUAAAGUCUCCUCCCCACGGACUGUUGAAGACAGAGAAGAAAUGGAAGAGGCGAUAUUUUGUGCUGUACAAAGUCAGUGAGCAAGAACAACUACUGAUGUACUUCAAAAGCCCAGAAGAAAGGGACAGGCCACUUGGAGAGAUAGACUUAUCGCAAAUCUCACUGUUGUAUGUGAGCCCUCAAAACCACCAGAGAUGGGAAUGGGUCCAGAAGAACUUCAAGUGCUCCCCAUCCUGUGUGCUCUACAUCAAGGCAGCUAACCGUGACUACUUCCUCAUUGGGGACAACAGUGAGGAAGUGGACGGCUGGUUCUCUGACCUGUUUGAAGCACUGAAAAACCGACCACAUAGAUGUAUGAGUUCAGAGGAAAUGCCGUACGGGGAGCCAACACGUGAGGUUAUUUCAAACCCCCUUUUGAAUGAUAUGGAUUCUGAUUCUUCUGACAAGGCAGAGAUAAAAUUUCGGUCCCUGUCUGAUCCAUCUUCAAAUGCUUUGGAUAACGACAUUGUAAAACCAAAGAGUGAAGUUCACACCAAAAGACGUGCAUCGGAACCUGUAAAUCCAAUCUAUGACUAUCCAAGAGACUACUUAAGACAAUUACAAUGUGAAACACGUUGCAAAAGCACAGACUCAGUAUAUGAAUCGAUGUUGGGAGUUAGACAAAAUGCACAGGUGGCUCAGGAAGCGGAUCUUGAAGUUGAGGUUACAACAGGCACACUGAUGAGGCAUGUAACUGAAGUCUUUGACAGAUUGAAGAUCCAGAUUUCCCCACUACCCCCAUUCAAUGAGGAGACAGCCGCUGAGGACAGGAAAGAAAAACGUCUGACAUCAGAUUUCAGCAGCAGCUCCAGUGACAAUGGGGCCAACUCUCCUGUAGAGAUGCUGGAGAUACCAGAUGGGCACACACUGAAAAGACAAAGCUCUAUUGAAAGGCUGAACACCCUAGAGGAGAGAGAUAUUAAGGUCAAACAGGCAGAUUUGAAAAAACACCUGACACUAACAGAAGUGGAUGGGAAACCAAGUGUGUCUGGGUGGACAGGCCAGCCACAGACAGCAUGCCUGUUUCACAAAGGAGACCAAAUUCUGGCAAUUAAUGACUUGCAUACCUGCAGCAUGGAGGAAUUCAACGUGUAUCUCAGCAAAUGUCUCAAGAAUGAGGUAAAAGUGACCAUCCUGCGUCUACCUGGAUGCCAGCCUCUGCAUUCAUCAAACUGUCCUUGCAGUGACUGACUACAGACCAUUAGAGAUGAAACAGUUACUUAACAUGUUGGUUUUUACCAUGUAUUGACCACUUUAGACAACCAACAGUAUUUUGUCAGGGCUGUGGGCAGUUCCUAUUAAUCUGUCAUUCUAAUCGUUUAUUCAAUAUAAACAUCUAGAAAGCUUUGAGUGAUGGUAAAAGUAAAAACAAUUAUUUCAUGAUUUUAAUAUCUCAUCCACCAUGACUCACAUAUUUACAGCUCAAAUGCACUCGGUGUGUGAACAGUGACUUGCAGUUUUACCAGAAUAAUUUAUGAUGUAAUUUUAGUGUGUGUUGUACUUACUGUAAAUAAGAAGUUUGUUCUCCAAAACCAUCCCUAGAAGGAAACAAAAGGCAGAGAUUUUACUAAUAACUAUUUCCUCAUACUACCUGUAUGAUGCUAAUCAUGCCACAAGCUCUUGGACCCAAGACAAAUGUGUUCACAGGAUAAAAUUAAAAUGGAGGCACUUAGUGCAAAAAAUGGUGCCAAAUGUGCAUAGUUACUGUAUACAGACUUCUGUAAAAACGCUAUUUUUUGUAAUUAACUUUAAUCCAAGAUGACAAGAAGCAACAGUGUUUAUCAAAAGCCUUCUCUCUCCCCUUUCAUAUCUCAGCUGUCCUAUCCAUUAAAGACAGAAA